AUCCGCACAUGGCAACGCGUCUUACAGCAAAUGUACAACAUUUGCAAUUCCACAUUGGGGAUUGGAUACAAUGCAACUCUGCUCUACUGAGUUCAGACACUGCCCAUUACUACUGUGAAAGUUAGUGUUUUAUCCGAAGCUUUUAAAACACAAAGAGUGAUAUAUUUUCUUUGGCGGAUGAACAUUUGUUUACAACAUUGGUGAAGCAUCAACGCAAGAAGUGUCAUCUGCUAUCCAAGGGAAUUUUGGAUAUCGUUUUUACCCCUGUGUACAGAUUUCACAAUGGAGGGGUUGGAAUUUAUGGAACCGUCUGAUUUGUACAAUAUGCUACAACAAUCAACUGUUUUCUCAUGUUUGAGUGAUCCUAAUUAUCUUUUACUGAUAGAUUCAAGAAAACGUCAUGAAUAUAAUGAAAGUCAUGUGGUUACAGCCAAAAAAGCACCAAAGAAUGAAGACGAUGAUUACGUUAUACCGUAUGAUGCUGAAUUGGAAUGUAAACAGAACAUUGUUGUGUAUGACAGUAACUCCGCAUCAUUCAAGGAUGAAGGCCCUGCUGUGGAGUGUGCUCGGUUGCUUUGGGAAUAUGGCAGCAGAAAUCCAGUCAAAAUUUUGAAAGGAGGCUAUGAGGAAUUUUCUGCUUUGUACCCAUUCCUCAGGACACAGAAGAUACUGUUUAUGCCUAGGGAGUUGGAUGAGCUGAAGCCCUACCCCACAGAGAUCAUCCAGGGCGUCCUGUAUCUGGGCAACUGGAGGCAGGGCAAUGCAGCGUACAUACAGAAGGAUCUGAAAAUCAAGGGCCACAUCAACUGCUGUGUUGAAUCUGAGACUUUUUUCCCAGACCCCGGACCCAACUUGCUGCACAUACAGGCAGAGGAUAGAAAUAACGCUGAUCUCUAUAGCCAGUUUGCAACAGCCUGUGCCUUUAUUGAUACUCAGAGACAGGAUCAGAAAGCUAUACUGGUAUUUUCUCUGCUGGGUAUCAGUAGAAGUGCCACAGUCAUCAUUGCCUAUCUCAUGCAUCAUUUCAAGUGGACGCUUAAGGAAGCCUAUAGCCACAUAAAGGAGUGUUGCUCAACGAUCCGACCGAAUCGUGGGUUUAUUGAGCAGCUGUCCAAAUGGGAAGGAGAUGUCCUGGGAAAGAAGAAAACAGAUGUCAGUGAUCCCAGUUACUGAAUAGACGAUGUAGAUUUCAUCAUGUACAUUUCAUAUCAAUUUCAAAUGUCUGUGAUAAAUACUGUCAAUUUCACUGGGAGAAGUCAUGUUUCUGCCAGCUGUUGUUGAUGUCAAUCAUGGUAUGUGAUUACUGGUAAGCGUUUACAGUAUCUUCCUGAUACAGUAUCAUGUAACAAGGCUGUUCAUUUGCAUUUGUGGAUUAGAAUUUUAUCUAAAUGUAUAAAUUAGUGAAAUGAACACAUUUUUUACUAUUAAUACUAGGGCUGUUACGAUUCACUCAUGUUUUCCGUGAAUCGAACUGUAUCGAUUCAUGAAUUGAAUUCGUUAUUCCUGGCCACUAGAAUCGAAUAUUUAUGAACAUGCAAUCAUGUGCAUUUACAUAAAAAUAUCCAUAAGAACAUAUUAUAUGCAUAGAUUUCUUCAAAAGA